AUGGAGGGGUUCCUGUCUACGUUUCCACCGUACAACGUCUGCGCGGUCCCAGCUCAGGACAGCGGCUGGGGGAAGAGAGACGGCCGCUUCAUGAUCCCCCAGGGCCUCAACUACCUGGAGCUCUGCAAGGCCAUCCUGUCCCAGGUCCACCCCAGUGUACACCCUCCACUCCAGAAGGCAAACACCAGGGAGUGCGGCGUGCAAGUAAACGCCAAAGUGGAUAAAAUCGUGCAGUGCUCGCUGGGUCCCAAAACGCUGUUCUGCGUGGAGGGCGACCAUGACGUGUCCUCCAAGUCGCACGGGAGCCCCGAGCUCGGCACGCCGGACGGGAAGGCGCUCUACAACACGCCGCUCGGCAAGCUGCGCUUCCGGAGGCCCGUUUCCAUCUACUCGCCGGUGUUUGACCGCCGGCUCUUCUUGAAGCAACUCGAUGACGAUGGAAGCGAAGGAGAAGCUGAAGCCGCCGAACAAGCCGCGUCUGACAAGGACUGCGAGACGGAUCACAGUGCCGAGGACACGGUGCGGGACUUCAAGACUACUUUCCACAGGUCGUUAAAGGGGUCCAACUUCCAGUUCCUGGAGCAGAGGUAUGGCUUUUUCCACUGCAAAAAGUGCAACAUCCGGUGGGAGAGUGCUUAUGUGUGGUGCAUCUCUGGAACCAGUAAGGUUUACUACAAGCAGCUCUGCCGGAAGUGUCAGGUGGGUUUUAACCCCUACAGAGUGGAGUCCAUCCUCUGCAAGGGCUGCUCUCAAACUUGCUGCAGCUGUGAGAAGAAGCAGAGGCACAUAAACAUGAAGAGGCCUCACCGACAGGACCUUUGUUGUCGCUGCAAGGGCAUGAAGCUGUCUUGUGACGCCACCUACAGCUUCAAAUAUAUUGUCUGAACUGCAUGGCAUGCUCGCUCUGGGAUCUCCUGUUU